CUUAUGGCAGAGGUGCUUAGGCAGAAUGUGACAGGCCUACAGUGGAUAGCAAGUGAAGCCUGGACAGCAUCUACUGUGCUUCAGACACCCGAACUCAUGCCGUACCUGAAGGGCACGCUCGGCAUUGCCAUCCGUCGAGGGGAAAUACCAGGACUGAAGGAGUUUUUAAUACAAAUACAUCCUGACAAAGUAAACAAUGACAGCUCUGGAACAAGCAUGGUGAGGCAGUUUUGGGAAUCCACAUUUCGGUGUAAAUUUGCUUCACCGGGUUGGCUGAAAGCUGGGGAAACACUCUGCAAUGGAGAAGAAGACAUACAAAAUGUUGAGAGCGAUUUUUUAGAUGUUUCAAACCUCAGGCCUGAGUACAAUAUUUACAAAGCUGUGUAUUCUCUAGCGUAUGCCCUUGAUGAUGUGAUGAAGUGUGAGCCAGGGAGAGGGCCUUUCAGUGGGCACAGCUGUGCCAAUUUUCAAAACUUGGAGCCAUGGCAGCUUGUUCAUUAUUUACAAAAGGUUAACUUCACCACAUCAUUUGGUGAUCAAGUUUCAUUUGAUGAGAAUGGAGAUGUGCUACCAAUCUAUGAUGUCAUCAACUGGCUGUGGCUCCCCGAUGGAAAAAUUAAAGUUCAAAAUGUGGGUGAUGUUAAGAGGUCUGAUUUCAAAGGUGAAGUUCUUAAAAUUGAUGAAGACAAAAUCUUCUGGAACUUUAUUACUAAAAAGCCACCUCAGUCAGUAUGUAGUGAGAGCUGUCCUCCAGGUACCCGCAUGGCCAGAAAGAAAGGGGAACCUGAAUGCUGUUUCGACUGUGUCCCUUGUUCUGAGGGGAAAAUCAGCAAUACAACUGACUCCAUAGAGUGCACAAGUUGUCCAGAGGACUUCUGGUCCAGCCCAAAGCAUGACAUCUGUGUGCCUAAGAAGACCGAGUUUCUCUCUUUUCAUGAGCCGUUGGGUAUCUGCUUGACAACUGCCUCAUUGCUGGGCACAUUUCUCUGUUCUGUCGUCCUGGUAAUCUUCAUCCAUCAUCGCAGCACACCCAUGAGAAAGUUUCAACUUAAUGAAAUGCACAAGCCUGGAGAUGUGGUUCUUGGUGGGCUAUUUGAGGUGCACUAUUCCUCUGUUUUCCCUGAGUGGACUUACACCUCAGAGCCACAAUGGCCCAUCUGCAAAGGGUUUAAAACUCUAGGGUUCAGGCAUGCAAUGACCAUGGCCUUUGCUAUUGAUGAGAUCAACAGGAGCUCCGAUCUGUUACCUAAUGUGACUCUAGGAUACAGUCUGUAUGACAACUGUGGUGCACUUAUCAUUGGAUUCAGUGGUGGAUUAUCACUUGCCAGUGGCAGAGAAAAGCACUAUGUGUUUGAGGAGAACUGUUUAGGGACCCCUCCAGUCAUGGGGAUAGUUGGUGAUUCUGCCUCUACAUUUUCCAUUGCCACUUCCAAUGUGCUGGGUUUAUACAAAAUGCCUAUUGUGAGUUAUUUUUCCACUUGUUCCUGCCUUAGUCAUCGGCAACGGUUCCCAUCCUUCUUUAGAACAAUCCCAAGUGAUGCUUUCCAGGUGCGUGCAGUGAUACAGAUUCUGCAACACUUCAGCUGGACUUGGGUCGGCCUGCUAGUCAGUGAUGGUGACUAUGGACUCCAUGUUGCUCGAUCCUUCCAAUCUGAUCUGACUCAAUCCAGUGGAGCUUGUCUGGCCUACUUAGAAGUUUUGCCCUGGGACAGUGACCCAGCUAAACUUAGUAGGAUUGUUGAUGUGAUGAAGACAUCCACAGCCCGUGUGGUUAUGGUUUUUGCACAGGAGUUUCACAUGAUACAUCUUAUGGCAGAGGUGCUUAGGCAGAAUGUGACAGGCCUACAGUGGAUAGCAAGUGAAGCCUGGACAGCAUCUACUGUGCUUCAGACACCCGAACUCAUGCCGUACCUGAAGGGCACGCUCGGCAUUGCCAUCCGUCGAGGGGAAAUACCAGGACUGAAGGAGUUUUUAAUACAAAUACAUCCUGACAAAGUAAACAAUGACAGCUCUGGAACAAGCAUGGUGAGGCAGUUUUGGGAAUCCACAUUUCGGUGUAAAUUUGCUUCACCGGGUUGGCUGAAAGCUGGGGAAACACUCUGCAAUGGAGAAGAAGACAUACAAAAUGUUGAGAGCGAUUUUUUAGAUGUUUCAAACCUCAGGCCUGAGUACAAUAUUUACAAAGCUGUGUAUUCUCUAGCGUAUGCCCUUGAUGAUGUGAUGAAGUGUGAGCCAGGGAGAGGGCCUUUCAGUGGGCACAGCUGUGCCAAUUUUCAAACUUUGGAGCCAUGGCAGCUUGUUCAUUAUUUACAAAAGGUUAACUUCACCACAUCAUUUGGUGAUCAAGUUUCAUUUGAUGAGAAUGGAGAUGUGCUACCAAUCUAUGAUGUCAUCAACUGGCUGUGGCUCCCCGAUGGAAAAAUUAAAGUUCAAAAUGUGGGUGAUGUUAAGAGGUCUGAUUUCAAAGGUGAAGUUCUUAAAAUUGAUGAAGACAAAAUCUUCUGGAACUUUAUUACUAAAAAGCCACCUCAGUCAGUAUGUAGUGAGAGCUGUCCUCCAGGUACCCGCAUGGCCAGAAAGAAAGGGGAACCUGAAUGCUGUUUCGACUGUGUCCCUUGUUCUGAGGGGAAAAUCAGCAAUACAACUGACUCCAUAGAGUGCACAAGUUGUCCAGAGGACUUCUGGUCCAGCCCAAAGCAUGACAUCUGUGUGCCUAAGAAGACCGAGUUUCUCUCUUUUCAUGAGCCGUUGGGUAUCUGCUUGACAACUGCCUCAUUGCUGGGCACAUUUCUCUGUUCUGUCGUCCUGGUAAUCUUCAUCCAUCAUCGCAGCACACCCAUGAGAAAGUUUCAACUUAAUGAAAUGCACAAGCCUGGAGAUGUGGUUCUUGGUGGGCUAUUUGAGGUGCACUAUUCCUCUGUUUUCCCUGAGUGGACUUACACCUCAGAGCCACAAUGGCCCAUCUGCAAAGGGUUUAAAACUCUAGGGUUCAGGCAUGCAAUGACCAUGGCCUUUGCUAUUGAUGAGAUCAACAGGAGCUCCGAUCUGUUACCUAAUGUGACUCUAGGAUACAGUCUGUAUGACAACUGUGGUGCACUUAUCAUUGGAUUCAGUGGUGGAUUAUCACUUGCCAGUGGCAGAGAAAAGCACUAUGUGUUUGAGGAGAACUGUUUAGGGACCCCUCCAGUCAUGGGGAUAGUUGGUGAUUCUGCCUCUACAUUUUCCAUUGCCACUUCCAAUGUGCUGGGUUUAUACAAAAUGCCUAUUGUGAGUUAUUUUUCCACUUGUUCCUGCCUUAGUCAUCGGCAACGGUUCCCAUCCUUCUUUAGAACAAUCCCAAGUGAUGCUUUCCAGGUGCGUGCAAUGAUACAGAUUCUGCAACACUUCAGCUGGACUUGGGUCGGCCUGCUAGUCAGUGAUGAUGACUAUGGACUCCAUGUUGCUCGAUCCUUCCAAUCUGAUCUGACUCAAUCCAGUGGAGGUUGUCUGGCCUACUUAGAAGUUUUGCCCUGGGACAGUGACCCAGCUAAACUUAGUAGGAUUGUUGAUGUGAUGAAGACAUCCACAGCCCGUGUGGUUAUGGUUUUUGCACAUGAGUUUCACAUGAUACAUCUUAUGGCAGAGGUGCUUAGGCAGAAUGUGACAGGCCUACAGUGGAUAGCAAGUGAAGCCUGGACAGCAUCUACUGUGCUUCAGACACCCGAACUCAUGCCGUACCUGAAGGGCACGCUCGGCAUUGCCAUCCGUCGAGGGGAAAUACCAGGACUGAAGGAGUUUUUAAUACAAAUACAUCCUGACAAAGUAAACAAUGACAGCUCUGGAACAAGCAUGGUGAGGCAGUUUUGGGAAUCCACAUUUCGGUGUAAAUUUGCUUCACCGGGUUGGCUGAAAGCUGGGGAAACACUCUGCAAUGGAGAAGAAGACAUACAAAAUGUUGAGAGCGAUUUUUUAGAUGUUUCAAACCUCAGGCCUGAGUACAAUAUUUACAAAGCUGUGUAUUCUCUAGCGUAUGCCCUUGAUGAUGUGAUGAAGUGUGAGCCAGGGAGAGGGCCUUUCAGUGGGCACAGCUGUGCCAAUUUUCAAACUUUGGAGCCAUGGCAGCUUGUUCAUUAUUUACAAAAGGUUAACUUCACCACAUCAUUUGGUGAUCAAGUUUCAUUUGAUGAGAAUGGAGAUGUGCUACCAAUCUAUGAUGUCAUCAACUCUGUGGCUCCCGAUGGAAAAAUUAAAGUUCAAAAUGUGGGUGAUGUUAAGAGGUCUGAUUUCAAAGGUGAAGUUCUUAAAAUUGAUGAAGACAAAAUCUUCUGGAACUUUAUUACUAAAAAGCCACCUCAGUCAGUAUGUAGUGAGAGCUGUCCUCCAGGUACCCGCAUGGCCAGAAAGAAAGGGGAACCUGAAUGCUGUUUCGACUGUGUCCCUUGUUCUGAGGGGAAAAUCAGCAAUACAACUGACUCCAUAGAGUGCACAAGUUGUCCAGAGGACUUCUGGUCCAGCCCAAAGCAUGACAUCUGUGUGCCUAAGAAGACCGAGUUUCUCUCUUUUCAUGAGCCGUUGGGUAUCUGCUUGACAACUGCCUCAUUGCUGGGCACAUUUCUCUGUUCUGUCGUCCUGGUAAUCUUCAUCCAUCAUCGCAGCACACCCAUGAGAAAGUUUCAACUUAAUGAAAUGCACAAGCCUGGAGAUGUGGUUCUUGGUGGGCUAUUUGAGGUGCACUAUUCCUCUGUUUUCCCUGAGUGGACUUACACCUCAGAGCCACAAUGGCCCAUCUGCAAAGGGUUUAAAACUCUAGGGUUCAGGCAUGCAAUGACCAUGGCCUUUGCUAUUGAUGAGAUCAACAGGAGCUCCGAUCUGUUACCUAAUGUGACUCUAGGAUACAGUCUGUAUGACAACUGUGGUGCACUUAUCAUUGGAUUCAGUGGUGGAUUAUCACUUGCCAGUGGCAGAGAAAAGCACUAUGUGUUUGAGGAGAACUGUUUAGGGACCCCUCCAGUCAUGGGGAUAGUUGGUGAUUCUGCCUCUACAUUUUCCAUUGCCACUUCCAAUGUGCUGGGUUUAUACAAAAUGCCUAUUGUGAGUUAUUUUUCCACUUGUUCCUGCCUUAGUCAUCGGCAACGGUUCCCAUCCUUCUUUAGAACAAUCCCAAGUGAUGCUUUCCAGGUGCGUGCAGUGAUACAGAUUCUGCAACACUUCAGCUGGACUUGGGUCGGCCUGCUAGUCAGUGAUGGUGACUAUGGACUCCAUGUUGCUCGAUCCUUCCAAUCUGAUCUGACUCAAUCCAGUGGAGCUUGUCUGGCCUACUUAGAAGUUUUGCCCUGGGACAGUGACCCAGCUAAACUUAGUAGGAUUGUUGAUGUGAUGAAGACAUCCACAGCCCGUGUGGUUAUGGUUUUUGCACAGGAGUUUCACAUGAUACAUCUUAUGGCAGAGGUGCUUAGGCAGAAUGUGACAGGCCUACAGUGGAUAGCAAGUGAAGCCUGGACAGCAUCUACUGUGCUUCAGACACCCGAACUCAUGCCGUACCUGAAGGGCACGCUCGGCAUUGCCAUCCGUCGAGGGGAAAUACCAGGACUGAAGGAGUUUUUAAUACAAAUACAUCCUGACAAAGUAAACAAUGACAGCUCUGGAACAAGCAUGGUGAGGCAGUUUUGGGAAUCCACAUUUCGGUGUAAAUUUGCUUCACCGAGUUGGCUGAAAGCUGGGGAAACACUCUGCAAUGGAGAAGAAGACAUACAAAAUGUUGAGAGCGAUUUUUUAGAUGUUUCAAACCUCAGGCCUGAGUACAAUAUUUACAAAGCUGUGUAUUCUCUAGCGUAUGCCCUUGAUGAUGUGAUGAAGUGUGAGCCAGGGAGAGGGCCUUUCAGUGGGCACAGCUGUGCCAAUUUUCAAACUUUGGAGCCAUGGCAGCUUGUUCAUUAUUUACAAAAGGUUAACUUCACCACAUCAUUUGGUGAUCAAGUUUCAUUUGAUGAGAAUGGAGAUGUGCUACCAAUCUAUGAUGUCAUCAACUGGCUGUGGCUCCCCGAUGGAAAAAUUAAAGUUCAAAAUGUGGGUGAUGUUAAGAGGUCUGAUUUCAAAGGUGAAGUUCUUAAAAUUGAUGAAGACAAAAUCUUCUGGAACUUUAUUACUAAAAAGCCACCUCAGUCAGUAUGUAGUGAGAGCUGUCCUCCAGGUACCCGCAUGGCCAGAAAGAAAGGGGAACCUGAAUGCUGUUUCGACUGUGUCCCUUGUUCUGAGGGGAAAAUCAGCAAUACAACUGACUCCAUAGAGUGCACAAGUUGUCCAGAGGACUUCUGGUCCAGCCCAAAGCAUGACAUCUGUGUGCCUAAGAAGACCGAGUUUCUCUCUUUUCAUGAGCCGUUGGGUAUCUGCUUGACAACUGCCUCAUUGCUGGGCACAUUUCUCUGUUCUGUCGUCCUGGUAAUCUUCAUCCAUCAUCGCAGCACACCCAUGGUACGAGCCAACAAUGCAGAACUGAGUUUCCUCCUCCUAGUGUCACUUAAACUAUGUUUCCUGUGUUCACUUCUGUUUAUCGGCCACCCCAGAUUAUGGACGUGCAAGUUGAGACAUGCAGCAUUUGGUAUAAUCUUUGUGCUUUGUGUCUCAUGUAUUCUGGUGAAAACUAUGGUGGUUCUUGCUGUGUUCAAAGCCUCUAAGCCAGGAGGUGGAGCUGUUCUCAAGUGGUUUGGUGCCAUGCAACAGAGAGGGACAGUCCUGGUUCUUACUUCUAUUCAGGCAGUAAUUUGCACCAUCUGGAUUGUCAUCUCCUCACCAUCUCCACAUAAGAACACCAAAUACUACAAUGACAAGAUAGUGUAUGAAUGUGUUGGGUCCACCAUUGGCUUUGUUGUCUUAUUGGGUUACAUUGGCUUUCUGGCAAUCCUCAGCUUCCUGCUUGCAUUUCUGGCAAGGAAUCUUCCUGACAACUUCAAUGAGGCCAAACUCAUCACUUUCAGUAUGCUUAUUUUCUGUGCUGUGUGGGUGGCCUUUGUCCCUGCUUAUGUCAACUCACCAGGCAAAUAUGCAGAUGCAGUGGAAAUAUUUGCCAUCCUAGCCUCCAGUUUUGGCCUGUUGGUGGCACUGUUUGGACCCAAAUGUUACAUAAUCCUGCUGAGACCAGAGAGGAACACAAAAAAAGCAAUAAUCGGGAGAGGAACCACCAAUUUGUCAAAGUAGCAACUGUUAAACUUUCAUGUGGUCUUAACCAGUUUGUAUGUUGCAUUUGUUCAGUAGAAAUCUCCCUGAAGUCAGUUUUGCUGCUUACAACUGUGUCCUUUGUCUAAUCAGAAAUAAAGCAUAUUUGUGUGUUAUUCAGAUCUA